ACAGAGCUUCAUGAGUCUCAUUUUGAAGCUCCAUGACCCUUAAAACAGACAUGAGAAGGGGAAGGAGGGAGAGGGGAGGAGGGCCACUUGGUUACCUGCCCCAGUCAGUGCCAGGUGAAGGACAGGUGUGCGGCGUGCUAAUCAAGGGCAGUAUGUGGUCCUCGCUGGUGGUGUGGGCUGCAUUGCCUCUCCUAGCAGCCUCAAACUACAAGUCCCGGGACGAGGAAGAGCUGCUGAACUGGUGCAUUAAGAGCGACCACCAUAAGGCCCGGCCAGGCCCUGAGAGCAACUUGUACAAACAGUGCCAGCCAUGGAAAAACAGAUCAUGCUGCACGGAGGAGCUCACCAGGGACAUCCACCAUGACAACCCUUACAACUUCAACAUGAAUCACUGCCCUGGGAAGACCCUCUCUGACAAGUGCCGGAAACGCUUCAUACAGGACCACUGCUUCUACGAGUGCUCCCCCAACAUCGGCCCGUGGGUGGUGGCCGAGAACCGGUCGUGGAGGAAAGAACGGUACUACAAGGUUCCUCUGUGUGCCAGCGACUGUGAUGUGUGGUUUGAUAGCUGUGCCGAGGACUACACCUGCACCAACAAUUGGGCUCGCAACUUUGAGUGGAAGACCUCCGAGAAUGGCACAGGGAAGACCAACUUUUGUCCAAAAGAUUCUUCUUGUGAUACCUUCAAGAGCGUGUUCAAGGAUGCCAAAACCUUCUGUGAGACGGUGUGGGAUGGCUCCUGGCUGUACACCAAUGACUCUUACCCAUGCAUGCGCCUGUGGUUCAGUGAGUCUGGGAAGAACCCCAACGACAAGGUGGCUCAGAUGGCUGCACGUAUGCUGGCCAAAGCCAAACUCAAUGGGGCACCUGGCUGGUCUGAUGGGAGGCUCACCCUAGUUCUGAGUGCUGGUCUGAUCUUGGCCAUGCAAAUGCUCAUGACAGUGCUGUAGUGUGUUAUCCCUCUCAUUAUUGACCUAUUGAGUCUCAGUUGUACUUUAGUUUCUCACAUAUCCUCCUUUAACCCCUUCACUCAUUUGAAAAUAAAAUGAAGAUUUGAAAAUGAAAUAUGACAUCCUAGAAAAACAACACUAAUCCCUAAAGGAGUUUGUUGCGGCCAACACUGCCCCUUCAUUGCCCAACCCAACCGAACAGACCUAUGCCCAAGUCACGAAAACUCCGAGUACUGAAGCGCCUGAUGACGGUUUCGUUCCUGUAAGGAAUGGAGGCAGGCCUUCUACACCAAGAAAAAUUUUGCAACUCACGACCUUCAAUCGAUUUGCUAUUUUAAAGGAAAAAGUUGAUGAGGAACACGAAACCCGGUGUUCCACAGGGGUCGAUGUUGGGACCUGAGUUAGGUGAUGUGCUUGACUCUCCACUGUUUCUGUUUCACCUGCUUUCCCUUGGCUCCCAUCACUCUCUGGAGGAGGAGCUGUGAGUGCCACUAUAAGUAAUGAUCUCAGGGCAAGCACACUGUACAUUGUGUUUAUCUGAAGCCCAACUUGUCUGACUUACUGUUAUGUGAUUCUCCUAAUCAUUGUUUGGAGUAGGAAGUACUUAUCUUUUGCCAGUGAUUACAUUAAUGCCUAUGUUCUGUUUACUAACAAUGGUUUAGAAAUGCAUAUAUAGAUUCUAAAGAACCUCAAGGCAUAUAGCUUAUUGGUUGUGAUUUAAUUGAAAGCACAGGGUGCAAAUUAGGCUACCAUUACCUGGAACUUUAUCAAGACAGUAACAGUAGUUCACAAAAUUUCCCUGUGUAAUAUAGUUUAGUUAUUCUUACGAUUCCUUCCAAGUGUAUACCUUUAAGUUGUCUGAGCUAUUCUUAGCCAUUGCUGAGAAAUAUUUCAGACAAAUCUACAAAUAUAAAAUUACAAAAAAUCAUGGAGUGAACUAAAAAGACAUUUAGCAAUUUAGUUGUUUGCAAUAAAAUGAGUGUGUGUGUAAGCAUAAGGGAUUGUUACUCUUUAUUCUUGUCCACUGGAGGUGCACUGCAAUGUUUUGUUUUCAUCACUGAUGGUGUGCAGUUUUAAGAGCCUCAGGAUAACCCUUGGCAGAGAUGUACUCACAAACUUGAAUUGCUCAUGACUGCUCUAGGGUGAUGGACGACCCUCGCUCUCAGAGGGACAUGGCUGUGCUAGCUGAUGCUCAAUCUAAAUAAAAACUAGAUUGGAGAGCAGCUUUAGACUUGGCAAAUGUUAUGUACUUGUUAUUUUUGUAUGUAGAAAUGUAUACACCCUGUACUUCCAUGGCAACUUGAACAAUGUUGAAAUCUAGAAA